GGUGAGCACGCUGGAGCCCGCGCGGAGAGCAUGCGGCGGGGAUGGGAGAGCGCCUAGCCUCGACGCGGGAUAGCCAGUCGCCUUGCAACCGGCCGCCGGCCCCGCCGCCACAGAACCCGAGCCCUGCUGCGGAGCUCCGGGCGGCCCGGCCCCGAGGCGCUGCGGCCGCCCCGCGCGUCCUUGCCAACCGGCACCAUGAACACUGUCGUCUUCAACAAGCUUAGCGGAGCCGUGCUUUUUGAGGACCGAGGCUCUCAGGAGCUGGAGCGGGGCGGCCGACCCUACGGUGGCGUCCUGGACAGUCCCCACACCCGCCCCGAGGUGGGCAUUCCCGACAGUCCGCCCCUCAAGGACAACCUCGGCCUGAGACACCGAAGGACUGGGGCCCGGCAGAAUGGCGGGAAGGUGAGGCACAAGCGACAGGCCCUGCAAGACAUGGCGCGGCCCCUCAAGCAGUGGCUUUACAAGCACCGUGACAAUCCGUACCCCACCAAGACCGAGAAGAUACUCUUGGCCCUCGGCUCGCAGAUGACACUAGUGCAGGUGUCAAAUUGGUUUGCUAACGCAAGACGUCGGCUUAAGAAUACUGUUCGACAGCCAGAUUUAAGCUGGGCUUUAAGAAUAAAGUUAUACAACAAGUACGUUCAAGGAAAUGCCGAGCGGCUGAGUGUAAGCAGCGAUGAUUCGUGUUCUGAAGAUGGAGAAAACCCUCCAAGAAACCACAUGAAUGGAGGGGGCUAUGAUACCCCAGUUCACCAUCCCGUGAUUAAAAGUGAGAGCUCAGUUAUAAAAUCUGGAGUGAGGCCAGAAUCACAGGCCAGUGAGGACUACGUGUCACCCCCAAAAUACAAGAGCAGCUUGUUGAACCGUUACCUUAACGACUCUUUGAGACACGUCAUGGCCACAAACACUGCCAUGAUGGGAAAAACGAGGCAAAGAAACCAUUCGGGAUCUUUUAGCUCCAACGAAUUUGAGGAGGAAUUGGUGUCUCCAUCAUCGUCAGAGACUGAAGGCAACUUUGUCUACCGCACAGACACGCUGGAUAAUGGAUCCCAUAAGGGUGACAGUGCAGCUAACAGAAAGGGCCCCAACAAGGAUGACACGUACUGGAAGGAGAUCAACGCAGCGAUGGCCUUAACAAAUCUUGCACAGGGGAAAGACAAACUCCAGGGAACCACCAGCUGCAUCAUUCAGAAGUCGUCCCAUAUAGCAGAGGUCAAGACUGUCAAGGUGCCACUGGUGCAGCCAUUUUAAGAGCUAGCUUGUUGCUUUUUAGCUCCAACUGACGUUCUUUUCAGUAGUUUUUUCAUUUGUUAACCUCAUCCUAAGAGCCGAAGCAUGGGUGAGAAUGAUUCCUUCUCCAACCUCCUCUUAUUCUGAAUUAUACUAAAUAGAUCACUUAGUUGCUUCUAUAAAAGACAUAUAAAUUAUAAAAAAAACUCACUUUAAUCAAGAUAUAUUAACUUAUUUUAUGUUACUCAAACUAUGCAUAAAAACGUCUGCAUUACCAUUACAGUAAGUGCCUUGCUUCCCCAAAACAAGCUCCAACGUGGGCAUAGUGGAACAGCUAUGCCUCAAAAUGCCAGCGCCAUAUGCUUAUUAGUCUGUGUUGCACCAUCCCCGACGGACUUAACCACCCCAGGACUGAAACAGAAUCGCUGAAAGCCCGUGAAAUAUAUGCAGUAACUCACAUGUUCAAACUUAGAAAUCUGUUUAGCCCAAGUGAAAUGCUCCUUUCAAAAAACUCCUACAGGACUGAACAUUGUUCAGUGUGCUUUUUGGAGUGCCAGUGGGAAUUUUAUGCAUGUAUCUUUGCCUGUAUAUCUGUUACAAACUUCGAAAACGAAAAGUACGGUGAUGCCCAUAAUGUGUACAUUUAAGAAGUGAUUCCUUCAGACUAAUUUAAGAUUGCAACGAACGCAUCGCCAGGAAAACUUUUUUCAAGCACUGCUAGAAAGCCGCCACCAUGCCCUUUAGAAUGAAUUUGGAUUACUUUUUUUUUUCAAGUUUUGCUGAAGUUCUUAAACACUUUAGUGCAUAAAUAACCCAGAAUGUUCCCGUGUGGAACUAAACCUGUACUUUACUUUUAAAACAUAAUUCUGUUUGCAUUUAGAGCUCAUUGGGGUUUUUUUUUUGUGUGUGUGUGUGAUGGAAAGUGUUUUCAUAUGGAAUGACUGAAAACCUUUUAUUUGGUUCAUCUCAAAUGACAAUGGUUGAUGGACAAUUUGUGUCUCAAGGAGAACAAGACAACGAAAGAAAUGUUAUCUCUGUGUGAUUAUACGUAUACACACAUAAAAUUGAUUUUUAGAUUUUAAAACUGGAAAACAAAACAUUGAACAGUCGAUCUGGAAACUAUUGUAAAACUUAAGUGAAAUCAUGCAUUAAAAGAACACAUUCUGUUUCUAAAUUAGACUACUAAUGAGUGAGAAUAAUCAAUAUCAAGGAAGAAUAUCUUUUUCAAUCAAAAAUAAUAUUCUAAUCAGCUUGCGAAGACUUGAAACUUGAAUAAACAGUGGAAAUGCCAAAUAUCACAGAGUGUAUGUGCUAUGGAGAAGGAAAAGGAUUGGAUUCUUCUCUGGUGGGAAUUUUUUUUCUGGGUAUGUAAUCUAUUUUGUUUUUUUUUUUGUUUGUUUGUUUGGGUUUUUUUUUCUUUUAACUGGAAAGCAUUUUUGUGAGCAUGAUGGAGGGCCAAUAGGGCAGCCACCUGGUGACAUUUUUCUUUCUUUUGCAAAAUGCUUUUAAAACCAAAGGCUGCUCUAAUUGAUGGUUAUCAGUCUUGCUAAAAAUUGUAGGACACUUUUUCAUGUAACAUAGCAUUCGGGGAUUGGGUUUAUUUAGUGUAAUGAAGAUAAUUUGCUAUGGAAUAUUUUGUGUGUACAUAUAUAUAUAUAUUUUUACUUUGUUUUCUAAAUUGCUGUUUGCAGUAAGCGCAAAGCAAGAUGUAUAAGUUAUGACUGUAUGAUCAGAUGAAGUAUGAGUGCUUUUGGUUUAGAUCCUAGUUAAGAGGCCCCUGACAAAAACUCUGGAAACUUUACAAAAAUGUUGCCAAAACGUGAGCACGUCAGUGAAAACUAAAAACACGUACUUCACUCUUUUUCAUACUAUGAUAAGUUAUUCUGGUAUUAAAUAUGUUAAUAAAAGUGUUUUUGUUUUGACAUAUUUCAGUUAGAUGAAUGAACUCUGGUUGUAUUUUAUUUGAAUUAGUCAUGAUUCAAUUUUGCCAUCUUUCUAUUUUAAAUCAGCAAAUAUCUUCUAUGUUAUUAACUAUAGGUGACAAGCCAACAUGGGUCAGCUAUUCACAUAAUUUUUUUUUUAAUUUCAAAGCUUGGAAGAUUUUAUAAUUAACAUGUCAAGAAGAUUUUAUAAUAAGCACAUCCUUGGCAAAAUCUUCAGUGGCAAUUACUUUUAAUUUAUUUUUUUUUCUUUUGCUGCUUUAACAUUUGCUGGAUAGUCAAGUCCUCCCCAUCCUUUCAAAGAAUCUUGAACAAUGCUGAGCCAGCAGCUGAGAAUCUAACUCAUAAUUUAUGUUGUAGAGAAAUAGAAUUACCUCUAUUCUUUGUUUUGCCAUAUGUAAUCAUUUUAAUAAAAUUAAUAACUGCCAGGAGUUCUUGACAGCUUUAAAAUAAAAGUUAAUUUCUAGACCUC